UCUGCCUCCCCCGAGAUCGCAUUUUGCCGGCGCGAUGCACUCCUAGAAGCCGGUGCCGCGCCUCCGCCCCCCGCCCCCCCCACCUGCUCGGGCAGGAUGGUACAGUCUGCAGAGGGACCGGGCACGCUGGCUGGGCUCAGCCGCGGCACCAGCUGCCGCACCGCGAUUCCGGGGCUGCCCGCCUGGAAACCGUGCCGGAUUUGUGGGGAUUUUCGUAGCCAAGAGCCACCGCCCCUGACCAUGUAGAUGGCAGCUCCAGGGAGCAGCAUGGGCGCCGCUGAAUGGAGACUACUGGGUCUACAGCCCUGAGCCCCUCCAGCCCCUGGACCUCUCCCCAUUCCCGGGGAUACCUUUUGGAGUUCACCACCGCUGUCAUCAGCCCACCUGGGCCACUUGUCCCCCCGGGACCCGGAGUCGGCCACCAGGAGCCACAGCUGUCCAGUGAGGUCGUGCUGAGGACAACCCCACCGAGCCAUCAGCCGUCAGCCUCCUGUGCAGCACUGCCCCUCGGGCCGACCCCGAGCAGGGCCUGUGGCAAACAUGGGUGACAUGACCAACAGCGACUUUUACUCCAAAAACCAAAGAAACGAGUCGAGCCAUGGGGGCGACUUUGGGUGCACGCUGGAGGAGCUCCGCUCCCUCAUGGAGCUGCGGGGCACCGAGGCCGUGGUCAAGAUCAAGGAGACUUACGGGGACACUGAAGCCAUCUGCCGGCGCCUCAAAACCUCACCUGUUGAAGGUUUGCCAGGUACUGCUUCAGACCUAGAAAAGAGAAAGCAGAUUUUUGGGCAAAACUUCAUACCUCCAAAGAAGCCAAAAACCUUCCUGCAGCUCGUGUGGGAAGCGCUGCAAGACGUAACGCUGAUCAUCCUGGAAAUCGCGGCCAUCAUCUCCCUGGGGCUCUCCUUCUACCAUCCGCCUGGCGAGAGCAGUGAAGGAUGUGCAACAGCCCAGGCCGGGGCAGAAGAUGAAGGGGAGGCGGAGGCAGGCUGGAUCGAGGGGGCUGCCAUCCUCCUCUCGGUCAUCUGUGUGGUCCUGGUCACAGCCUUCAAUGACUGGAGCAAAGAGAAGCAGUUCCGGGGCCUGCAGAGCCGCAUUGAGCAGGAGCAGAAGUUUACCGUGGUCCGGGCUAGCCAGGUGGUCCAGAUCCCUGUGGCCGAGAUUGUGGUUGGAGACAUCGCCCAAAUCAAAUACGGUGACCUCCUCCCUGCCGACGGCCUCUUCAUCCAGGGCAAUGACCUCAAGAUUGACGAAAGCUCCUUGACGGGGGAGUCUGACCAGGUGCGCAAGUCCGUGGACAAGGACCCCAUGCUGCUGUCAGGGACCCACGUGAUGGAGGGCUCUGGACGAAUGGUGGUGACUGCUGUGGGUGUGAACUCUCAGACUGGCAUUAUCUUUACCCUACUGGGGGCUGGCGGCGAGGAGGAAGAGAAGAAAGACAAGAAAGGUGUGAAGAAGGGGGAUGGCCUUCAGCUACCAGCGGCCGGUGAUGCGGCAGGUUCAAAUGCUGCAGAUAGUGCAAAUGCCAGCCUAGUCAAUGGUAAAAUGCAGGAUGGCACUGUGGACGCCAGCCAGAGCAAAGCCAAACAGCAGGACGGGGCGGCCGCUAUGGAGAUGCAGCCCCUCAAGAGUGCCGAGGGCGGCGACGCUGAUGACAAGAAGAAGGCCAACAUGCACAAGAAGGAGAAGUCGGUGCUCCAGGGCAAGCUCACCAAGCUGGCCGUGCAGAUCGGCAAGGCAGGCCUGGUGAUGUCGGCCAUCACAGUGAUCAUCCUGGUACUCUACUUCACCGUGGACACCUUCGUGGUCAACAAGAAGCCAUGGCUACCCGAGUGCACGCCUGUCUACGUGCAGUACUUCGUCAAGUUCUUCAUCAUUGGUGUGACGGUGCUGGUGGUUGCCGUGCCCGAGGGGCUCCCUCUGGCUGUCACCAUCUCCCUGGCCUACUCGGUGAAGAAAAUGAUGAAGGACAAUAACCUGGUCCGCCACCUGGACGCCUGUGAGACCAUGGGCAAUGCCACAGCCAUCUGCUCAGAUAAGACGGGCACGCUGACCACCAAUCGCAUGACCGUGGUGCAGGCCUACAUCGGUGAUGUCCACUACAAGGAGAUCCCCGAGCCCAGCUCCAUCAACGCCAAGACCAUGGAGCUGCUGGUCCACGCCAUCGCCAUCAACAGCGCCUACACCACCAAGAUCCUGCCCCCAGAGAAGGAGGGCGCCCUGCCUCGGCAGGUGGGUAACAAGACUGAGUGCGGCCUGCUGGGCUUCGUGAUGGACCUGAAGCAGGACUACGAGUCCGUGCGCAGCCAGAUGCCGGAAGAGAAGCUGUACAAAGUGUACACCUUCAACUCUGUGCGCAAGUCCAUGAGCACGGUCAUCAAGCUGCCCGAUGAGAGUUUCCGCAUGUACAGCAAGGGUGCUUCUGAGAUCGUGCUCAAGAAGUGCUGCAAAAUCCUCACGGGGGCAGGGGAGCCCCGGGUCUUCCGGCCCCGCGACCGGGAUGAGAUGGUGAAGAAGGUGAUCGAGCCCAUGGCCUGUGACGGGCUCCGCACCAUCUGCGUGGGCUACCGCGACUUCCCCAGUAGCCCGGAGCCCGACUGGGACAACGAGAAUGACAUCCUGAACGACCUCACCUGCAUCUGCGUGGUGGGCAUCGAGGACCCCGUGAGGCCGGAGGUCCCAGAAGCCAUCCGAAAGUGCCAGCGGGCAGGCAUCACGGUCCGCAUGGUCACCGGUGACAAUAUCAACACAGCCCGAGCCAUCGCCAUCAAGUGUGGCAUCAUUCAUCCUGGGGAGGACUUCCUGUGCCUUGAGGGCAAGGAGUUCAACCGGAGGAUCCGCAAUGAGAAGGGAGAGAUUGAGCAGGAGCGAAUCGACAAGAUCUGGCCAAAGCUUCGAGUGCUGGCGCGCUCCUCCCCCACAGACAAGCACACCCUGGUCAAAGGUAUCAUCGACAGCACGCACACCGAGCAGCGGCAGGUGGUAGCCGUGACAGGGGAUGGCACCAACGACGGCCCUGCGCUCAAGAAAGCCGACGUGGGCUUCGCCAUGGGUAUUGCAGGCACAGAUGUGGCCAAGGAGGCCUCAGACAUCAUCCUGACGGAUGACAACUUCAGCAGCAUCGUCAAGGCGGUGAUGUGGGGCCGCAACGUCUACGACAGCAUCUCCAAGUUCCUGCAGUUCCAGCUGACAGUCAACGUGGUGGCCGUGAUUGUGGCCUUCACGGGCGCCUGCAUCACACAGGACUCCCCUCUGAAGGCUGUGCAGAUGCUCUGGGUGAACCUCAUCAUGGACACGUUCGCCUCGCUGGCGCUGGCCACCGAGCCGCCCACCGAGAGCCUGCUCCUGAGGAAGCCGUACGGCCGCAACAAGCCCCUCAUCUCACGGACCAUGAUGAAGAACAUCCUGGGCCACGCUGUCUACCAGCUCACCCUCAUCUUCACACUGCUCUUUGUGGGGGAGAAGAUGUUUCAGAUCGACAGCGGGAGGAACGCGCCCCUGCACGCCCCGCCCUCGGAGCACUACACCAUCAUCUUCAACACCUUCGUCAUGAUGCAGCUCUUCAACGAGAUCAACGCCCGCAAGAUCCACGGGGAGCGCAACGUCUUCGAUGGCAUCUUCCGGAACCCCAUCUUUUGCACCAUCGUGCUGGGCACCUUUGCCAUCCAGAUAGUGAUCGUGCAGUUUGGGGGUAAGCCGUUCAGCUGUGCUCCGCUGCAGCUGGACCAGUGGAUGUGGUGCAUAUUCAUCGGGUUAGGAGAGCUCGUCUGGGGCCAGGUCAUCGCCACCAUCCCGACCAGCAGGCUCAAGUUCCUCAAGGAGGCGGGCAGGCUCACGCAGAAGGAGGAGAUCCCAGAGGAGGAGCUCAACGAGGACGUGGAGGAGAUAGACCACGCUGAGCGGGAGCUGCGGCGGGGCCAAAUCCUGUGGUUCCGAGGCCUAAAUCGGAUCCAAACCCAGAUUGAAGUAGUCAAUACAUUCAAGAGCGGGGCCUCCUUUCAGGGGGCCCUGCGGAGACAGUCCUCCGUCACCAGCCAGAGCCAGGACGUAGCCAAUCUCUCUAGCCCUAGUCGCGUGUCGUUGUCCAAUGCUCUUUCCUCUCCGACCAGCCUUCCUCCUGCUGCAGCUGGGCGUGAAGGGCUAGAGAACCCUGGACACAGAGUUCAGCAAGAGAGAGUGAAAUUAAAAGAGAUUCGCGUCGUGAAGGCGUUCCGUAGCUCUCUCUAUGAAGGUCUAGAAAAGCCUGAGUCUCGAACCUCCAUCCAUAAUUUCAUGGCUCAUCCCGAAUUCCGGAUCGAAGAUUCCCAGCCCCACAUCCCCCUCAUCGACGACACCGACCUGGAAGAAGAUGCCGCGCUCAAGCAGAACUCGAGCCCGCCGUCCUCGCUCAACAAGAACAACAGCGCCAUCGACAGCGGGAUCAACCUGACGACGGACACAAGCAAAUCAGCUACCUCUUCAAGUCCAGGGAGCCCCAUCCACAGCCUGGAGACGUCGCUUUAGCUGAGGACCCCACCGCCACCCGCCUCCCGGGCACCCACCCAUCCAGGCACCCACUCACCCGAGCAGCAACGAGCAACAACAGGAAACCAAAUACUGGCGAGAAAACCAACAUUUCCACCCAACAGACCCUUUUUCUGGCUGCGAUGCUGUUUGAACUCUUUUUCACUUUGAGGCAAGGGGAGGAUCUCCUGCGGGGGCUUCCGGGAACGAGCAGUUUUCCCAGAACAAGCCCUUCCUGGCUCCUGCCCAAACAUGGACCAGCCAUGCACCCCCCGGCCGCCAUGUCCCCCUGCAUGAAUGUACUGUACACUUCCAGUCCUCCCCUUGUUUGGUUUUGGGGGAUUGGGGAGGGUGUUUUUGUUUGUUUUCUUAGGCGGGAACUGCAAACAGACUCUUUUCUGAGACUAUUUAUCCAAUCCACUGGUCUGUGAGUUUUUGAAACGCUUGCGCAGCAUGGUCUCAGUUGUAUAGGUUAAUUUAACAACUUUUUGAAAUUGCAGAGCUUAACUCGCCUAGUAGAUUUGCACCAAUGGAACCGAAGAACUUCAUAAACACUCAUGAGGUUAUAUCCAUUUCUUUAUAUCUAUAUCAACGUAUACUUAUCCAAGACUGUAUACGUACAUAUAGAUAGGUAGAUAUAUAUAUAUAUAUAUAAAUAUAUAUACAUGGAUAUAUAAAGUUUCUUUGCCGGCAUGUUGCCUUGUUUCCGCUUAAAUUGCUCUAUUUUAACUUAUUUAUGUCCUAAAAGAAGAAUGUAAUUUGUUUACAAACUUGUAGAUAAUGUCUUUGGCUAUUUGUACGGUUUAAGAACACUGGUGGCUGAGAUGCUAUAAAAACAGCUCAGCCCAAGAGACACUUCCCUGGAUUGCAUCCUUGGUGUUUUACGAUAGCCAUGCUCUGAUUUUUGCCUGCUAUUUCCGUUCAAUAAUGUCACUACCACGGGAGGCUCAGGCAGAAGCCAAAUGCUACCGAGCAUCCAUCUGAGGGCUUUAACACCAUGCUCCGUAGACAAAGGGAGAGGAGAGAGAAGGCUUCCUGGGCUUGGAGUGCUAACGGCCAUCCUGGCCCGAGGAUGACAGGAUCCACAAAGCAUUGGUUGAAGACUUUUCUCUCAAUGAAACUCGCUUGGGUUUACUAAGAGCAUUUCAAAUAGAGGUUCUCUUUGGCACUGUCUGUACAGAGAUGGAGGUAGUGUUGCAAUAUCAUAAAUGCUAUUGUGUUGAUUUUAUUUUUUUUAGUUAGUGAUUUAGAGGUUUAUUUCCUUAUCAAUUGCAGCAUAUGAGCUGUUGGCAUAUUGGAUGAGGAUCGUUAUGGCUUGCUGCUUUUAUUUUUAUUUUUGAAGAAGAAUAGCCUUUUUCUCUGCACUACUUAGAUCCGAACGAACCUUAUGAUGUGUAUAUUGAGAUGUAUUCAGUGUGAUUUUUAAACCAAAUUGUCUUCCUAUAGUCGCAAUAUAUACUGUAGCCUUUUAACAGCAAGUCUUGCUUUCCCAGACAGAAAGCCAUUCUGAAACCCUACAGUAUCACAGGUGAGAAAAGGAGGUUAUUUUUCCCUCAAGACAAUUACAGCACUAGUAAUCCCACUUAAUAAGAGCUUAUUUAAUUGUAUGUCAGCCUCUUAACUGCUAAGCACUUUGUGGGUAUCAGCUUUUUUCAUAAAAGAACUUUUGUAUUUAAUACAAAGUUUGCUUUGAGACUUUUCAGCAUACGAUCUUUUUCCAUAAACUUGUACAGUGCAAAAGACAUUUUGAAUACCAUGAUCGAUGACGUCCCAUGCUUCGAGGAAAACCAAACACUUUCCGCCUCGCUGGUGAAAUCCACUCCUCAUACUGACCUUUCCCACAGUUGCUCUGAGUCAGCUGGCCCCUUCCCUUCUCCAGGCCCAGAGAAUUCUUCCACACACCAGAUGAGAGCCACUUGGGAAAAGAGCCAUAGUCAGCUGGGAGGGCCUCCGUCUGGACGGCUGUGGAGAAACCUGAGGGUUUGGGAUCCCAAGUCAGCCCAUCCCACCUGGCAAAACCUUCCUGGAAGGAACACCUUCUUUGCAAGAGAUCAUCACCUGAAUGUCAUGGAGAAAUAUCUCUGAAUGUACCCAGCAGAGGAAACUGCAUCCCCAAAGGGGUGACCAGCCCUCAGAUAUGCUUUUUGGAUUCCAAUACAACACCACCAAAAGCCAGCCCACUGCUCUCCUGCCUCCUGUGAAAGGAAAGACCUGCACAUGUGAAACAUGGGGCAGCCUUAGAACAUGGUGGGUUUUUUUGUAGUUUCCUUUCUCAAGGUUUUCCAUCUCCCCACCUUCUUUGUUCCAGUCGUGUGUCCCCGACCUCAUCCCAUGACACCGGGAAGGCUGCGCUUGCACGCCACGCUCCCUGUUUGUUUGGAGCCAGGAUGCAAGGAAAACAGGAAGGGGUUUCUCUGAGUGGAGCCUAGCUCAGGGAAACAGGAAGCGACGGAAGCUACCAAGAAUGCCCCACAUUUAGUGUUGAUCUUUUCUUGUCAGGAAUGAUGGAUGCUCACACACACACACACACACACACACACAUACACAUACACACACACAUUCACACACACAGGAAAUGAUUGGUUUGUCAAAACUCACUGUAGUACAUAAAGCUUGCACUCUGUGUCCUAUAUCUAGCAGCAUGGGGUACGUUUGGCAGUUCACCCCAUUAGGGGGUAAAUAAUUUAUGACCAUUCAUCUGUUUUUAUGAAUUUUUUUAUCUAGACAAUAAUUGUAAAUAAAGAACUCACCGUCUCUGUUCAUUUAAUACUA